GAAAAAAAAAUCCCAAACACGUGUACCAAUAUAUCAUUAAAAUACACCCCCCCCCCAGUCCUGCCAAGUAAUGGUAUAUCCUGCCGACGUCCUGCGCGGGAGCGGAAAACGUGCAUCCGACUUUGGGGAAAAGGAGCGGUGUAUUUUGCUGCUUGGCAAUACGUUCAGCAUGGCUCGAGAUUGGAAACCCGGUGAUCUAAUCUUUGCCAAGAUGAAGGGCUAUCCACACUGGCCUGCAAGAAUCGAUGAAGUCCCGGAUGGUGCAGUGAAGCCAUCCAAUAUCAAGUUCCCAAUCUUCUUUUUUGGCACCCAUGAAACUGCAUUUCUUGGCCCAAAAGAUAUCUUUCCGUACCUACCAAACAAAGAGAAAUACGCCAAGCCCAACAAGAGGAAAGGAUUCAACGAAGGAUUGUGGGAGAUUGAGAACAACCCAAAAGUUGAACUCACUGCACCCAAGCCGGUUCCCCCAGAAUCAUUUACUGAAAAAGAUUCGGACAGCAGCCCAGAGGCUGAAGAAGAAGCAGAUGACAAGGGGAUAAAAUCCAAAGUUCCAGGAAGUGAGGCUGAGAAGGAGAAUGAGGAGGAGGAGGAGGAGGAGGAGGAGGAGGAGGAAGGGUCUCUGAACUCUGAGCAGGUUCCUCAGAACCAGGAUGGCUCGGCUCAGAAGGAAUCCACAGAUGUUCCCAAAGCCAAGAGAGGAAGAAAGAAAAAGAGUGAUGCUGAGCAGGAGACUGAAAAAGAUGAUGCUCCUGCUAGUCCUGUUAGUGCCUCAGGUGGGGAGGGUCCCAAACGAAGAGGCAGGAAGCCUAAAAGUGAGAAGUUGCUUUUGCUUCAGCAGCAGGAGCAGCAAGGAUCAGGAAGUGAAAUGGACACUGCUGAGUCGGACAGAAAGAGGAAGAGGGCACCGGAGGACAAGUCUAAGAGUGGAGAGGAGGAGAAGAGAAAGAAGGAGGAGGGCAAAGGAAAGGACGCAGAGGGAAAGGAGCCCGAAGCCAAGAAGAAGAAGCAGUCCAGGGAUGACACCUCCUCGGGCUCUGACGAUGAAGAGAAAAACAAAGCCAGAAAGAAACACCCGAACUCAGAAAUGGACAAAGAUGUGCGACGGCGGAAAGCAGAUGAAAUGAGAGAGCCAAACAAAGAUGAUGGGAAGAAAAAUGAAGAGAGGAGUGGAGUCAAGAAAAAAGAAAUAUCAACUGACUUGAAACUCCAGAGACUACACAGUGAAAUCAAGAUUUCACUGAAAAUUGACAAUGCUGACGUGAAGAAGUGCUUGGAUGCAUUGGAUGAGAUUGGUGCCCUUCAAGUCACAACCCAACACCUGCAGAAACACAGUGAACUUAUUGCCACACUGAAGAAGAUUCGCAGAUUCAAGGCCAGUCAGGACAUCAUGGACAAGGCGACCAUGUUGUAUAACAAGUUUAAGAGUAUGUUUCUGGUUGGAGAAGGUGACUGUGUGCUCAGCCAGGUGCUCAACAAGUCUUUAGCCGAGCAGCGGCAGCACGAGGAAGCCAAGAAAGGAGCACUGAAGAGAGUGGAACAAGCCAAGGAGAACAACUCUGACAAGAUGACAAACGGCGACACCAGCCCCGAAGAGAAGAAGCAGCAGGAGGCCGAGAGGGAGAAGCUCCCUGAAGACACCUCAGCUGGAGAACAUCACAGUGCCCCUAAAGCUCAGGAAGAGUCCACCUGACUGUCCUACAUGUCUGAAGAAAAGAAGAUAUUUGCUGCUGUGUUCACACGACCUUUGUGCAAACUGGACUGACUGGCAUGCAGGUGUCCAGUUUGCUGACUCUGUCCAUCAGUGAUGUUUCUCAAAGGUUUCAGUGCAUGAACCUCCUCCACUCUGACUGACUGACUGACUGACUGAAUAUAUAUUUUUUUUUUACUUUGUGUAAUCUUAACCUCUCUGGCACCUUUUAUCAUGUGCUCAUGUCUCAUUUGUUGAAUUUGAGUAACGGUUUUGUCAAGAGUGAGAAGUCGUAGAUCUGCGGCGCUGAACUGUUUUCAGUUCAAAUAGAUGCUUCUGAUUGUACUAUCCUUCCACAUGCAUUUAAAUGCAUUUUUUACAUUACAGAAUCAACAGUUUGAGCUUAACUUUGCUUAGAUUAUUGGAACUACUGCGCUGUAGUCGUAGUUAGGAGCUUCAUUACCACAUUUAAUUAAUCCUAUCGGACUCUGUUAACAUUUUAUAGAUUAGCAAUCUCUUCAGAUGCACAAGCAGGAAAUUCUGGAGUUUGCCAAAGUUUAUUUUGCCAAGUUUUCUCAACCAUGUUCAAUUGUCUGUUUUUAAAAGUUGGUUGUUUUAACAUAGAUGUAAAUAAGAGUAUUUUUUUGUGCCUGUCUGAUGACCUGUUUCAGCAUCCCAUAAUAAAGUCGGACAUACUGUGUA